GCGCGAACAGAGCAGUGUGGCGAGUUGCGCGUGAUACGGAGAGCUGUCUUGGGUUUGCUACCGUCGAGUCGAGCUACGACGCCAACGCUAGCAUUUGUGGCGAAUCACGCGGCGUAUCGUCGUCUCAUAUCCACGAUGAGGCUCUCCCUGCUGCUGUCGUUCAUGGCGGCCGCCUCGUCCUUGCGUCGGUCCUCCGGGUUCAUGUUUGCCGCUGCUGGUGCCAGGAGCGGGUCGUGUAGCAACCGGAGUGGCGUUCCGUGCACCACGCGCGCCUGCAAAGGCCCGUCUCGAACAGCGACACCAGCAACUGCCAGCACGGGUUGGUCCUAUGCGUCAAGCAGCUUGCGGAUGGGUGAAACAGCAGGAGAGGAGGGUUUGGCGGCGGACGGUGGAAGCAGCGACGGAACAGCUCUCGCCGAGGCUCGAAUAGUGGUUCAGGGGCAGUCUACCGGCGGAUACUUCCGAGCGCACGCCAGGAACGAGGCCCACUUCAACCGCAAGCUGUGCGGGGCCCUGAAAGAGCUGGGUCAAGGGCAGACGGAGAUCAUCGUCGAAGGGAAGACUAGCGCCAUCCGGAGCUUCCUGCGGUGGUGCAAGAGGGGCCCCGGCUUGUCUCAACAGAUUCAGGAAGUGACGGUGGACUGGGCCGAGUACACGGGAAUUUUCGACGGCUUCGAGGUGUUCCCCGACGAGACUUCCCAAAACACAGCAGCCGCAGGGGUCCCGUGAUGCGGACGAAGAAGGUUUGCCCCCUCAUGGCCCCUCAUCGCCGUUGACACUUCACAGGAC